AUGGCUCCCGGAGGCAGUAAAAAGGGCAAAAACGUACGAUCCGGACCCGUUGCCGACAAGCCGUGCCACAACUGUCGCCGGCGACGGCUUCGCUGUGACCGUCUGGUCCCACACUGCGCCAAGUGCGAGGCCAAGGGCGUCGAGUGCCUUGGGUACGGGCAGCUCUUUCAGUGGACGGGCGCCGUUGCGUCUCGGGGUAAGCUCGCCGGCCAGCAGUCGAGCGCCGCCCUGUAUACCCCGGUGAGGGGUGCGGCAGCCCGCUCGAGAGCCUCAAUAUCUUCCGUCUCGUCCCUCUCCUCUGCCUCUCCUGCAUCUUCAUCUGCCUCGUCCGCCUCGUCCUCCGCCGCCUCGCCGUCCAUCCCGCCGUCAUCGCCGGCUGCCUACCUUGCUCCGAGUCUUCCUGAAGUCAGAGAGGUUGAGGAGCUGACUUCAGACAACUCGGACACGCCAGAUGCCGAGUCGGAGUUUGACUUCUCUCAUGACCAUGCAACCCCCGUAGCGAGCUGUGACACACAGCUCGUCUGUACCACGACAUCCAGCCAUGCCCUGGCUUGGGAGGCGUCGACGUCGACGCCUUGGGUGCUUGUCGAUCCGCUCUACCAAGACAUCACGAGCAACCACAGGCAGUAUCUCGCUUAUUUCGAUGCGCGGCUCAGUCGAGAUUUUGUAGCCUACGACGUGCCCGACAACCCGUUUCGAAACCUCCUCAAAUUCACUCAGGCCCACCCUCUCCUCCGUCAAGUCAUCAUCGCCGCCUCGGCGACGCACAUGUACAACCGCUCUCGGCCCUGGCUGGCCCCGGACUCUCUCGACAGGGGCCUGGGCCCUAGGAACCUCCUCAUGGACGCCCUUGAGGCCAAGCACCAGGUGUUGCGCAUGCUGCCGUCGGCCCUGCAGAGCAUCGAGUCAAUCGGAGGGGACAUUGUGCUCGCCGCUAUCUUGUUUCUCAUCAAUGUCGAGCUGAUCGAGUCUGGCAAGCACAACUGGAAGGCUCACUUUGACGGUGCCGGGAGGAUCAUGAAGCUGCUGGGACCAGUGUCGGAUGUUGACGAGAGUUUGAGAGAUUAUAUCGUGUCCGACUGCUUCAUCUACUAUAUCCUAGAGUCCACAUUCCGGCCCACGCCCACGGACUCACACUCGUAUUUUCAGUCAUGCCAGGCGUUGGACAUUCUUGGGAAGACGACCAACAGUUACUACUGCUGUCCACCCCAGCUCCUCGAAAUCAUGUUGAUAGCUUCCCGACUCUCUAAUACGAGACAUGACGAUCUUGUCUCGGCUGAUAUGGUGACAGCGGCUGGAGCAGCCCUGUUGGACCGAGCUCAGAACUUUGACGUGCUGCCUUGGGCACGACAAGUUAACAACAUUCCCUCUACCGAGCCGGAUCCAGUCUUGAGUCGAUUCCGAGUAGCAUCCUCUCAUCGCCUGGCAGUGUGCCUCUACAUCCUCCACGCGAUACCCUCCAUGCAAGCCUGGGUGGGCGAAGAACUAGCCGACACCAUCUUUGACGAGCUACACCAGACGCUGUGCAUGAUACCCGACGACGACACCAACUUUAAAGCCACGACAUGGGUGACUUUUGUGUUUGGAGCGUGCGCCAAGACGCCGGAGAUGAAGGAAUGGGUCACGGUGCAGAUCAAGAAGCUAAUGCUCGAGUCCCCUUGGGGAUUCCUCUACGCGGCGCGGGAUGCCCUCCAGAUGCUGUGGGGAGUUCAAGCUGAAGGCACACAGACGAAGAGCUGGGUCCAGACCUUGAGAGAUCUCCACAUGGAUUUCUUGAUUGUCUAA